AUGGCUGGUGUCUUUGUCCCAAAGGGGCUUAAGGGAGUAGACUUGUACACCAGUUUAGUGCACGCAAUCUGUACCAACAUAGAACGUCCUCUAAUAAUUCUUUGUCAAAAGGGUCAAAUGGUGCUGAAGUGCGGAGAGGAAACCUGGAGCGAAAUUCCUAUCGAUGCCCCGAUUCUGACACUUCGAAUUCAGAUUAGUCACUUCAUGUCGUGUGAACGCUUUGAUCUUAACUUUAGGCUAUUGUUACUACAAGAUGUAAAUUCGAGCCCCAUCAGCAUCUGCAUUCAAGCUUCUCCAGUUUAUAACGGCAAAGUAAAUGUACUGUUCACGCAAAAGGGCUUUUUGCAAUGA